UGCAUUGCGACUUAUAUUUUCUUUGUUACCCGUGUGUCUUUGCUACCCUACAUCUUGCAUUUAUGUUUUAGCUUUCUUGAGCCACAAAGUGUUUAGUGAGCAUUCCUUGUGGAUUCGAACUUUUUAUUACUUGUUACAACAAAUGUGUACACUUACACAAUAGGGGCACAAUAUCGUUCAACAGGUUGUCACCUUUGUGUCCUUACAGCUACAGAUCGUCGCAAAUCUAAUCAUGGAGUUCGUGGCCGCUGCUGGAUCUCGUGGACACUAGAGUUCGUGAUGGACUGAUCACUUGGGUGGGUAUCGUGCUGCUGCUGCUCACUGCCCUCAAGUCAUCGAUUUGGAUCUCGUUGAGUGAGCUAAGCUCGUGACAUUUCGCUCGUCUUCCCCCCCAUUCUCUCUCUGGUACCACUCCCAAGAAGAAACAACACUAGCAAAGUCUCUCGUGAAAUUGUAAUCAACACCAAAAUGGACCAGAGCAGUGAAGAAGAGUCGGAUUUUAGUGACUCAGAGAUCAAUGACCAUGCGGAGAAACCAUAUGAACAGUUAAGGACUGGAAAGCUUGUUGUAAGGACUUCAAAUGGCAUCCUUAGAUGCCCAUUCUGUAUGGGGAAAAAGAAACAGGACUAUAAGUAUAAAGACUUGCUCCAACAUGCAUCUGGAGUGAGUAAAGGUUCGGCCAACAGGAAUGCUAAACAGAAGGCGAAUCACCUUGCUUUAGCCAGAUAUUUAGAGAAUGAUUUAGUUAGUGCAGCAGAUCCAGUGCAACGUCCAGCUACUCCAUCACCAUCUCCUGUCAGUAAAGAUCCAGAGAAAGAGCUUUAUGUGUGGCCUUGGAUGGGAGUCAUUGUAAACAUAUUGGUGGACGAGGACAGAAAGUUGGUCUGUGACUCGGCAUAUUGGCUGAAAAAGUUUUCUAAGUAUAGACCCUUAGAUGUUUACAUUUUUUGGAAUGAUAAGGAUCCUACAGCUCAGGCUAUUGUUGAGUUCAAUAGCGAUUGGAAUGGCUUUGUGACAGCAACAGACUUUGAGAAAUUGUUUGAGACCAACCAUCAUAGUAAAAAGGAUUGGGAAACUAAAACACAUCCUGACCCGGAUAUUUAUGGUUGGUGUGCACGGGCUAAUGAUUAUUCUUCAAAUGAGCCAAUAGGAGAGUUUCUUCGACAAAGAGGGAAAUUGAGAACAGUUUCAGACAUUGUGAAUGAAUCAACUCAAAGUAGGAAUACUGUCGUGGAGAAUCUGACACAUGAAAUUGAUUUGACAAAUGAAAAUCUGGAUGAACUACGAUACAAGUACAAUGAAAAGACAAUGUCUUUAAGUAGGAUGCUUGAAGAGAAAGACCAGCUUCACCAUGCUUUUCUUGAAGAAACCAGAAAGGCCCAGAGACUUUCACGAGAUAAUGUUCGAAGAAUAUUGGAAGAACAAGAAAAAUUGCACCAAGAAUUGGAGACUAAGAAAAAAAAACUUGAUUCCUGGAGUAUGCAAUUGAACAAACGUGAAGCAUUGACUGAACUUGAGAGACAGAAACUUGAUGAAGAGAAGAAAAAGAAUGAUGUGAGGAACAAUUCGCUCCAUUUAGCUUCUUUGGAACAGAGAAGGGCUGAUGAAAAUGUUUUACGCCUUGUUGAAGAACAGAAGAUAGAGAAAGAAGACGCUUUGAGCAAGAUUCUGCAGCUGGAAAAGCAACUGGAUGCCAAGCAGAAACUGGAAAUGGAAAUUCAAGAAUUGAAAGGGAAACUACAGGUUAUGAAGCAUCUCGAGGAUCAAGAUGAUGUUGGAGUGCAAAACAAGAUGAAAGAAAUGCAGGAUGAUUUAAAUGAAAAGGAGGACGAUUUGAGUGGUUUGCACGAGUUGUAUCGAACUCUUGUUGCCAAGGAGCGCGAGAGCAAUGAUGAGUUGCAAGAGGCCCGUAAAGAAUUAAUAAAUGGAUUAUUAGAUCAAUCGUCAAAAAGUGUUAAUCAGCCUAAUAUCGGAAUAAAGAGAAUGGGAGAUAUUGAUACAAAACCGUUCCAGAUUACCUGCAAACAGAGAUUUUCUCCUGAUGAAGCAAUGAUACAAGCCUCCACUUUAUGCUCCUUAUGGCAGGAUAAUUUGACGGAUCCUAAUUGGCAUCCAUUUAAAGUUGUUACCAUUGAUGGGGAUUCCCAGGAAAACAUUGAUGAAGACGAUGAGAAACUGAAAGGUCUCAAGCAGGAAUGGGGUGAUGAGAUAUACAAUGCAGUAAUUACUGCUCUUAAAGAAUUGAAUGAAUAUAAUCCGAGUGGCCGUUAUUCCGUACCUGAAUUAUGGAACUAUAAGGAAAAAAGGAAAGCUACUUUGAAGGAGGUCAUCAGCUAUAUUGUUAAGAGUAUCAAGUCACUGAAGCGAAAGAGAUGAUAGGAAGGAGAAGGAUCUGAUGAGAAUUGCAAGGCCUUCUUGUUUGCAACUUGUCCAAUGGGGAACCUUUUUCUGAGGUAAAUGAAGCAAACAACUUGAAUCAGGUAAGCAAAUUCAUGAUGUUGGCUUUUACUUGUAGUAUUUGGUCCAGAGGUAAGAAGAAAAGAACUACCUGCCAGGUCAUCCAGUGAAAAAUGAAAAUAAAGAGAAUUGUUACCACAUCUUCUGAUCCUGUGGAAUGUAGACCUCUGCUCUUUGACAUAUUAUUAUCUAAAUGCUAUUGUGUAUUCCUCUUAUUUAAUGUAUGUUUAGCCAUAUGAUGGAUUUGAACAUUUGGGUUUUGAUUCUGAACUGAGUAAUUAUGAAUUUCAGACUUAUUCUCAAUCUUCUUUGGAAGGAUGGGACUGGAUACCUCUUGAA